GAGAUAUCCUAAUUUUUAUUUUAUUUUCUCCUUCUUUUUCUCUGAUUUUUUUUUUAUUUAUUUUAAGAUGCCAAAAAGACGCCAAAAUGAAAAAAAGGAGACCAGCAAGAAACAAAAGAUAUUUCCUGAUCCACUCCAUCAUUUGUUACAAGUGUUUAAACAACUCAAUGUGUUCUGUACCUUUUGUCAGGCUCAUUUGACAACUGUCAUCACAUUUGAAAAUUUACAGAAAAGUAUGCCUCAUUUGACAUUGGAUGAUUUAAUAGGCAUUCAUGUGAUCAUGCCUCAUUUUGUGCAUGUUCAUACCAGUGACCACGGUGCAUUUGAAAUCGAAUUUGGUCAACCAUGGAUAGACACAACACGAUCUCGCAUCAAAUUACAGACAUGGAUUGAACAACAAAACACACUGUUUAUUCAAGCACUCACAGCAUUUGUGGAUGAUUGUGAAAAGAAGCAAUUGAAUAUCACAGAGCAUAUUCAGGCUCAAAUAGAUCAACAGAGACCUAAAGAAGAAAACAAGAUCCAACAGACGUUACGCCAAGUAGUGACAGGUUUCAAAUCAUGUCAUUUCUAUGACAACCAGCUAGAAAACUCAGAUCAUCAGAUGUCAUUACCCAAUAAGGAAGCAUCGUAUGACACAGUCACAUUGUCUCCUCAAGUACAAGAUGUAUUGGAUCAACAAGGCAUACAUCUCUAUACACACCAAGCAGAAGCCAUUCGCGCUGUAUUGGAUGGUCAUCACGUGAUUGUAUCCACCCAGACAGCCAGUGGCAAAUCUUUCAUUUACCAAUUACCUGUCCUUGAACGACUGAUCCAAGACCCUGCAUCCACAGCCCUGUUUUUAUUCCCUACAAAAGCAUUAGCACAAGAUCAAAUGCGUGCCUUGAUUCAGAUGCUUUCUUAUACUGCCUUGGAUGUGAUGGUAUCUACAUUUGAUGGUGAUACUGAACAUCAACAGCGUACUCAUAUCAGAAGACAUGCCAGUGUUGUCUUUACUAACCCUGAUAUGCUUCAUCAUGCUAUUUUACCCUAUCAUUCAUUAUGGCAUCAUUUUCUUGUGCAUUUGAAAUAUAUUGUGGUGGAUGAAUUACAUGUGUAUCAUGAUGUGUUUGGUACACAUAUGGCAUGGAUCAUGCGUCGUUUAAGGAGACUCUGUAGUCAAUUAGGGAAUCAUCAGGUUCAGUUUAUCUGUUGUAGUGCUACUUUGGCUGAACCAGAAAAGCAUAUGAAAGCAGUCUUUGGCUUAGAUCAUGUCUGUCUGGUUGAUUCAGAUGGUGCACCCCACGGUCAAAAAGAAUGGAUCGUAUGGAAUCCAAGCCAAAAGAGUGCUAUUCAAGAGGGAGCCAAUAUACUUGAAUACUUGAUAGAACAUCAGAUGAGGACCAUUGCAUUCUGUAAAGUAAGGAAAUCAUGCGAGUUAUUGACAAAGCAAGUCAAGGACAAUUUGAUCAAAAAGCAAAGGCAUGACUUGGUAGACAAAAUUACAAGUUACCGUGGAGGCUAUUUACCAGAACAGAGAAGAAGGAUUGAACAACGCAUGUUUGAUGGUGAAUUAUUAGGGAUUAUUGCUACCAAUGCACUUGAAUUGGGUAUUGAUAUUGGGACAUUAGAUGCUGUGGUGAUGAUUGGUGUACCUUGGUCCAUGUCUUCUUUGUGGCAACAAUCAGGCAGAGCAGGCAGAAGAAAUGCAGAUUCACUCUCCCUUGUGAUUUGCGAUCAACAUCCAUUCGACCAAUAUUAUGCAAAGCAUCCACGUGACUUAUUUACAAAAAAACCCGAUACAUUGAUGCUUGAUCUAGAGAAUGUUAUGCUGCUUGAGAGUCAUGUUCAAUGUGCAGCAGAAGAAGCACCCAUUCAUGCUAUCCAUGAUCAAUUCUAUUUUGGAUCUCAGCUUCCUUUACUUUGUCAGUCUUAUUUGACUCCCAUUGGUGAUGAACGCUAUCGUCCUGAUCCUCGCUUUCGUCCUUAUCCUUCUCAGUUUGUCAGUAUUCGUGGUACAGUUCAUGAGGAAGACUUGUUUUUCGUGGUUGACAUGACCAACCAUCGACGUAGCCUACUUGAACAAAUCGAAUUACGCCGUGUUGCUUUUGAACUAUAUGAAGGAGCCAUUUUUAUUCAUCAAGGAAAGUCAUUUCUUGUAGAAGAAUGUAACUUGAAUAAGAAAUAUGCUUGUGUUCACCUUGUUCAAGCGGAUUGGACAACACAACAAAGACAUCAUACUCAAAUAGACAUUCUCCAUACUAUAUCAUCCAAGCCAAUAGGAUCCACAAAAUACCUUGUUUGUUUUGGUAGAGUCAAAGUCUCGACUGUGGUGUAUGGUUAUUAUCGAUUGGAUAAAAGAAGCCGUAUCAUAGACACACAUGAAGUGUAUAUGGAUCCUAUUGUGAUUGAAUCUGAAGGUGUAUGGGUAGAUAUUCCUUCUUUCGUCAUAGACACUCUGAUCUCUUUCGACAUUGAUCCUAAAGCAGCCAUUCAUGCAGCAGGUAAAACUACUACAUGA